AAAGUCUUGACUUUCAUUUCUCUCCUGGCUCUCCUGAGGACCCUUCAGCCCUCAUUCGCCGCCCGACGUUCUCACCUCUCCACAGGUUCAGGAUCUCUUGGUUGAUGUCUGAGGGUGUGAGAACAAGUUUAGAGGGCAGAGUUUGGGAGAAUUCUGAAAAUACUGUCUUUGUUCUGGUGAGUUAAAAUCGAAACUGAGAAGGGGAGGAGAAACAGGGAUUGCUGACUUCCUGCUGAGUGCUCUAGGAUUGCGGAACCAAAUGGAGGUGAGGCCUUGAGGAAAGACAGACAGGCUUCAAGGUCCAGAGACGUCCAGGUACCUGAGCAAAAGCAUCAGGAGUCAGACCAGUCAGAAACAGGAUCACAGCAACAAUGGCCUCAUCAGUCCUGGUGAUGAUCAAGGAGGAGGUGACCUGUCCCAUCUGCCUGGAGCUCCUGAAGGAACCUGUGAGUGCAGAUUGUGACCACAGCUUCUGCCGAGCCUGCAUCACACUGAACUAUGAGUACAGCAAAGUCAAAGAAGGGGAGGGCAUCUGCCCUGUGUGCCAAGUUACUUACCUGUUUGAGAAUCUGAAACCUAAUCGACCCAUGGCCAACAUAGUGGAGAGGCUAACAGGGUUCAAGUCCAGCCCAGAGGAGGAGCAGAAGGUCAAUGUCUGUGCACGACAUGGAGAAAAACUCCAGCUCUUCUGUGAGAAUGACAUGGUGGCCAUCUGCUGGCUUUGUGAGAGAUCUCAGGAUCACCGUGGUCACCAAACAGCUCUCAUUGAAGAGGUGGCCCAUGAGUACAAGGAGAAGCUCCAGGUUGCUAUGGAGAUGCAGAUGGCAAAUAACAAAAGAUGUGAUGAAUGGGAAGUUGACCUGCAAAAGGAGAGAACUUUCUGGGAGAACCAAAUACACAGUGAAGAAGAAAAUGUUCGGAUGGAGUUUAAAAGGCUGCGGGAAUUCCUGGACUCCGAGGAGAAGAGUGAGCUGCAGAAGCUGAUGCAGGAGAAGGAAGGCAUCAUGAACAGCCUGGGAGAGUCUCAAACUGAGCUGGAGAAGCAGAGGGAGGCAGUGAGAGACCUCAUCUCAGAUGUGGAGCAUCAGUUGCAGUGCUCAACCUUUGAAAUGCUGCAGGGUGUGAAUUCUGUCCUAACAAGGAAUCAGACCUUAAUACUGAAACAGCCCAAAAUGCUUCCAAGAAAACAGAGAAGGAACUUUCAAGCUUCAGAUCUGAAAGACAUGCUGGAAGUGUUUCAUGGGCUCAUGUAUGCCCGACGCUACUGGGUUCACGUGACCCUGCCUCAAGUCUACAAUAAAAAUGUUGUCAUUAACAUGGAUAAAAGACAAAUACGACAUAGAAAGUAUAGAACUCAUUUGCAAUUUUUUGAGACCUAUGAUUUGGGUGUCCUUGGAUAUCCAGCUAUCUACUCAGGGAAACAUUACUGGGAAGUAGACGUGUCUGGAAGUGAUGCCUGGCUGCUGGGAUUAAAUGAUGGAAGAUGUGCUCAAUCCUACCUUCAUGCAGUGAAUGAAAUGCAUGGCUUUAAAGUCAUAUAUAAUUCUGUUGUUAAACAUCAUGUAAAUUAUCAGCCUAAACAUGGCUACUGGGUUAUAGGUAUGGCGAAUAGGUCUUUAUAUCAUGGCUUUGAACAGUGUUCUUUCACCGAAAGUGUCAGUGACUUGGCCCUCUCCCUGAUUCGUCCUCCCAGUCGUGUUGGAGUUUUCUUGGACAGAGAAGCUUGCACUCUCUCAUUUUAUAAUGUUUCCAACCGUGGAGCUCUCAUCUACAAAGUCUAUGAACCUUCCUUCCCUGAUGCACUUUAUCCAUAUUUUAAUCCUAUGGCAUGUUCAGAACCAAUGACAAUCUGUGGACCACCCCCCUAAACCCUCACCCAUAUCUGCACAGUGCCUCCUUGUCUUCUUUGUCUCAUGUAACUGAGCUCUGUGGGAUCAUUUUAACUUUUUUUUGUAAUCUUUGGUUCAGUGAACCAUGGAGUUGUAUUGCCUAGCUGCCUUGAAAAACAUGUAUUGUGAGUUUGUCAGGUUAGAGUCCAUGGUUCCUGGGGCACAAUGUACCUUCCAAUUCCUGACAGACCAAUGCAUUCUCUCAGGCAGUGAAGUGUUGGGGCCACUUUAGGUUUCUCUGCUUGUUCCCUUAGUAGUCAAGGAACCAGGGAAGCUUGACAGGACAAUUGGUAUUAGAUGUUAAUUUUGUGUAGCCUGUAUAGCUUGAAAACUUCAUUAUUUCCUGGUAACUGCAACUGUAUUGAUCCUGGAAAUUAUCAUCAUAUUUUGUUUCUGAUAAAAGUAUAAAAAGCCUGAUUGCUCUCAAUAAAAUUGUCACAGCUUCAGUCUUGCUGUGGCACCUCCAA